CACGGUUGAUGAUAUUCUUACUGUUUUCUUACAUCGUUGCGUUUCUUUCGAAUCACACCAAAUCACACCAAUUGACAGGCGGAUUCUUUAUAAUAAACAAUAGAGUUACACUGUGUCAUCACUAUGGAUGUCACUAAUUUGUUCAGCGUCAAGGGCAAAGUCGUCCUCGUCACCGGAGGCGCCAAGGGCAUCGGCCGCAUGAUCGCCGAGGGCUUCGUCGCCAACGGAGCCAAAGUCUACCUAACCGGCCGCGACGCCCCGGCCUGCUCAUCCGCGGCGACGGAGCUCACAAAGAUUGCGCAAAACGGCGGCUCCGCGCACGCCCUGCCCGGCAACCUCCAGGACCUCGCCCAGUGCCAGGACCUCGUGAAGCGCCUCACCGAGCUCGAGCCCAAGGGCAUCCACGUGCUGGUGAACAACGCCGGCGCGGCGUGGGGCGCCGACAUCGACUCGUUCCCGGACCACGCGUGGAACAAGGUCUUGACGCUGAACCUGCACCGCGUCUUCACCCUCUCGCAGCUGCUGCUGCCGCUGCUGGAGAAGACGGCGACGGCGGAGGACCCGGCGCGGUUGAUCCACAUCGGCAGCAUCGACGGCAUCCGCGUGCCCACCGUGUCCAACAUUGCGUACGCCGCCAGCAAGGCCGGGCUGCACCACAUGUCGAAUGUCCUGGCCAAGGAGCUAGGCCCGCGGAAUAUUACGAGCAAUGUGCUUGCUUGCGGACCGUUUGCGACUAAGAUGAUGAAGGCGACGCUCGAGGCGGUUGGAGAUUACGUUCGGAGCGAGGCGCCGUUGCGUAGGAUCGGUACGCCUGAGGAUGUGGCGGGAGCCAGUUUGUUCUUGGCGAGCCGAGCUGGAGCGUUCUGUAACGGAGCGUUGAUCCGGGUGGACGGUGGUGUGUCCCAUGUAUCCAAGCUUUAAACGGGGACAUGUACGAUUUUAUUACUGCCGUGCCUUGAUUCACAAGCGAUGUCGAUGUCACGCAGAUCAAGCAAGAGAGAUGGCGAUUAAUUCAAGAGGCGUCCAUGACAGCCUCGUACAAAUUCCAUUAGCGUAGGUGCGGGUAUUUAUAGCUGGCUAUAUAUAUGCAAUGUGAGAGGGAAAAUGAUAAGAAAAGAUGACAAGGGGGGGGGAA